AUGAAGCAGCGCAGGUUAUUGAGAUUCCACGGCCUGAGGCGGCCGCGCGUUCGGCAAACCUGGAACAAGUACAACCUGUACAACCUUGUCAGGCUACGAACACCCUACCUCAAUGCAAAAACCUUUUUCCAACAGAAAUGGAUAGCCAAAUCCUACACUCGCGGCUACCACGGCGAGCACAUCAAGGAGUAUCAGUGGGAGCGCAUGUUCAGCCGUCGCCCUCUAUCAGCCGUUAACAUGGACCCGGCAUACAUGGCAAGGAGGGAUGGCAGCGAACAGGCUUCCGGCCGUGGUUCUGGCCUCGUUGGCCUCGACCCCUCGGAGAAAUGGUCCAAGAAUAGGGGCAACCUGAACCAGCCAACGCCUUACAUGCAAAUGUCGUUUGCUCCCAUGGAGCGCCGCCUGGAUAUCGCCAUUUUCAGGGCCCUCUUUGCCAGUAGCGCAAGACAGGCUCGCCAAUUCGUGCUGCACGGUGCCGUGAAAGUGAAUGGGAAGAAGAUGCUGCAUCCCGGCUAUCUGCUCAACCCAGGCGACAUGUUCCAAGUUGAUCCCAAGCGGGUCAUGACGGCAACGGGCAAACCAGACCGGUCCAAACCCAAGGCACUCAAAGUCGCGAGACCGCGCCUUUACAAGCCAGACGCUGCCAAGGCCGCGAAAAAGGAAGCCGCUGCAGGCGCUGAAGAAGAUCUAGACGAAGAAGCGAUCCGGAAGCAGAACCUCGAAUUUUUUGAGGAGCUCAAGAAGGUCGCCUACUCGGCGUCGAACCGCUACCGCGGCAGGCAUCUCCAAGCCAAGGAUAAGCAGUACCUGCGCAAGAUGGUCAAGGAAAUGAAGUCGGUCCUGGCAAAAGCCGUCAAGCCGCCGACCACGGCCACAGCCACGGACGGCAAGACGGAAAAGGGGGACAAGAAGGGCAACUGGUUCGCGAGCAAAAUAGAGGCCAUGCUGGAUUACCUUUCCCUCACACCGGCGGAGCGCCAAAACAAGUCGAUGGAGCAACACGUCAACGACCAGUCAGCGAAGCCGGCAAGCGAAGAAGCCUCUUCAGACGAGAGCAAGAGCAAGAGCAACAAGCUCGUGAUAAGAUCGAAGCUGUGGAAGCAGCUGUCGUCGCAACAAAGAAAAAACAUCCUCAAGGCCUUCCAAGGGACCGGCGGCCGCAAAGCACGUGGCAACAGCCUCCCCUACAGACCCCGCGACUGGAUGUCCCCCUUUGCCUUCAUCCCCCGCUACCUCGAGGUCAACCACAGGAUCUGCGCCGCCGUCUACCUCCGCCACCCCGUCGCCCGCCCCGGCCUGUCCGAGGUGCCCACUCCUUUCUCGCCAAAGAUCGCCCAGCUGGCGUUUAACUGGUAUUUGCGUAGGAGUUGAGGCGGGUUAGGUGAGCGGGUAUAUCGUUGUUUGCUUGUAAUGAGGAAGGUACUAUUUGUAGAACAGCCUGCUGGGUGCAACUGGGCCUAGAACGGCCGAGGGGUAGACUUCCGGAACCGGUGUCGAGGGUUUCGCGGUGACGGGAUAAAGGGCAUGCAGAGCUCUAGAAGGAUGGGUUCGGUGCUGGGGUCCAUAUUACCACCGUUCGGUCAUGUCGUGUC